CAAAGCAACAUCUGCUGCUGUGCACCAUUUAGGCAUCGCAUAACGAGUGCUUUGCUUCAAUGGAAAUUUGUGCAUUUGUAACGGGCUUUGGAGCAAAAAUGUCCAUAGGCAUCAAAGAACUAAGUGUAAAGUCUGCAUCUUUUCACCACUAUAUCAAAAUGAGUGAACAAAUGGUUUGGUGGUCAUGUGCAGUUUAUAGAGAGCAGGGCAAUCCCCUAUUGCAUUGUUGUGUUUGUAGUUAGUGUAAGCGCAUUUGCUCGGGACUGCUGACCCACAUUGGCGAUACUAUGUAUGCGACGCGGUAUUCGUACGUGCUCGGGAUGAAGAAAGAAAAUAUCUACUCUGUAGAAGCAAAAGUGUACUUAUGUACUCAUAUAUAAGUAAUAUAUGACUGCAUACACAUCUAAGAACUUACAUAUACGAAUAAUACGAAAUGAUGCAUAUAAUAAUGCAUUGAUUUAUGAAAAUCUCUAAGAUAAAGAAAAACUGCAAUCUCCAUAUUGGAGAAUUAUAUGAGUCAGUGGUAAUACAUAUAGCUUUAACAAGCUUUCCUUCCUUAUUUAAAGCGUCGUUAAUUAACUACGGUGGCCACGGAAAGCAUCAAAACGUCAAGUUCAUGGGCAAUUUACUCGAGAAUGAGUUUAUCAUAAUAUUGUGGUGACUAAGUGCAAACAGUAAUCGAAAGGGAACAAUGAAAUGCAAUGGAAUCGAAAGUAAUUUGGAUAAUAGCGAUAUUCUAUACAACUCUCCAGCAUAUCGUUUCCUCCUCAUCGCCACUGAAACGUCCGAGAGCAGGGGAUCCUUUUGACACAUUUCCAAAGAAUUUCUGGCAAGAAUUCUCUUCACCUUUUACGGACACACCAGAGGAUGAAGAAUCUGAAAUAACAGAAACUACAACUCACGAGCCGUUUCCAUUCUUUGCUGAUCCCUACACGACUGUUAAUGUCAGCACACAGUUAAGCUCUAAUGUACAGCUGCAUUGCAGAGUCAACGAUCUGCAAGGAAAAACGGUAUCAUGGAUGCGACGCAAAGGUGACGAGCUGGCGCUGAUCACGUUCGGUCUCCACACAUACAGUGGCGAUGCGAGAUAUUCCUUGGAGUUUGAAGAGCCAAACGACUGGAAGCUUUCAAUACAGUAUGCGAAUGAACACGAUGAAGGGCCCUACGAAUGCCAAGUCUCAUCACAUCCGCCUUUAGUAUUGUUAGUAUAUUUAACUGUAAUUGUUCCUCAUGUGGAAAUACUCGAUGAACGAGAUUCGACCACUCCUGAAAAAUAUUAUAAAGCUGGUAGCACUAUAGAACUGAAAUGUGUAAUAUCGAAAAUACCGCAGCCAUCAUCUUACAUCACUUGGCGGCAUGGUAAACGUAUGCUGAACUACGACACCAGUCGAGGAGGCAUCAGCGUUAAGACUGAUAUGCUGCCGGGGAGGGCUUUAAGUCGUCUUUACAUAGCAAAUGCCAAUCGGCAAGAUACUGGAAACUACACUUGCAUGCUUGGCAGCGAUAUUUCUGGCACCGUUAUAGUGCACGUUCUUAAUGGUGAAGAACCCGCUGCUAUGCAGCAUGCGUCAGGUGCUAAGGUAUGCUCUUCAAUUUCGAUUAUUGUAGCCACAAUGCUGACAUCAAAAAUUUGUCUGCGAUGACAACAAUAAUGUGAAAUAUUCAUUACUAACGCCAAGACCACUUGUCCAAAACUGCAUUUUCUAUGUCUACUCGUAACAUAAUAAUGGGUUGUUUUAGCAUAAUAAUAAAAAUAGGCAAAUAUGUAUAACAAAUAUAUAAAAUAAUAGGAUUAAAUAAUUAAAUAGUUUUCACGCAAUACUUCAUACUUACUUAGUAUAAUUCUGUAAAUAUAGCUGUGCACAUUUAGUUUUAAAGGAUGUAAGUAAGUUUGUUGAUAUAUUUACUUACAUAUAUGUAUAUACACGUUAUUAUUAAAAUAACUACAGAGUUAUUCACUUUUUUACACUUUAAUUAAUAUGAAUAAUAUUCACUUCGUGUAGCGAGUUAAAACCACUUGGGUUCCGUGAGGAGUUCAAAUGUUUAGGCGGUGGUCUGGUCUUGGGGACAUGUAGAUAAUCCGAUAUUUAAUUGAAUUCAUAGAAAUAAGCUUCAAUUCUCUCUUCGGCGGAGUGACUCAUAAAGCAAAGCUUUUGGUUUAAUGAGAGAACAUAAUAUAAACUUUAGGUUAUACCAUUUAAAAAAAUUAUUUCUAUUAUGAAAAAUCACUGGCUUAACUAUUCAAUUAUUUUUAGCCAAUUUAAUCCUGUUGUCAUUAACAUACUUUAAUUAUUAUCCUACUAAGCGGAAAUACAUUAAAAUACAUUAUAAAAGUUGAAAGUGUAUUUUAAAGAUAUAGUUUUCCGAAAAUUCCUAAUUCACCCUUAAUUUUUUACCCACCAAAGUCAAACAAAUUACGAUAUGAAAAUGUGUGUUCCGUAAAAUUAUUAAUAAGACAAGUUAAGCUAUAUAUGUAUAUGCGUUAUCUAAUUUAAUUUUUAAUGCAAGUACAUUUUUAUGUACGUAUAUGUGUUUUCUACGUUACUACCUUACGUAACAUGUAAAUUAUGUUAAAUUUGUUAAGUGAUGGUAAAUUAAAAAAUGAACUUUUAAAACAAGAAAAUACUUUUAUAACAAUAAAAACUUUAUUUCGUCGGAAUGUAGUACUUAGGCAUUCGUCAGAUGACCAUACCAUUUGCCAGGGACUCUAGAAACAUCACGAAAAAAUCGAUAGCUCAUUUUGCUACCAAGGAAUUGUUGCUUUAAAGUAAAAUAUACAUAUUUUUUUGAAAUUGAAUUUUUAAAAAUUCAUAAUCAAUUGUUAUAAACAUAUUUUAGGAAAACGUACUAUUUGUAAAACGUAAUUGAACCAAAAAUUACUUAAUUACACUAAAAAAUAUAAUUAAAGUUAUUUAUAUAAUUAUAAAAAACGAAUAAAAAACACUAUACACACAAAAAUACAAGCAAAAUAUAUUAUAGCAAUUAGAUUAGUGAAAGAAACUAGAAUUGUAAAAUGCGCAUCCAAAAAUGUAUGAAAACGACUACAAUCCAUAAAAAAUAUGAACGCAUUAGAGGACUAAUACAAACAUAUACAAACAAACACGUACAGAACCUCUGAGACAAAAGAAAGCAUGAAGGAGCCAAAAUUUUAACAAACUGAGACAAACUAAUCGAGUGAGAUAAUGAAACAAUACUUAUAGUAAAAUAAACUAAAACCAAAAUAACUGAAAAGAUACAAUUAAAGUGGGAAUCAAAAGUCAUACAAAUAUAAAUGUAUUUAUUUAAGCAUCAUUGUAAAAAUUUUGUACUUCAUUCAUAAAUACAUAUGUCGUUAACACAAAAUAAGAGAAAAGAAUUCAAUGGCUAGUAUAUACAUAUAUAUGUCAAAUCAUAUUCAAUUUAGUAAUUCAUUCUUGAAAUUGGUAAAAAUAUUAAGCAAUUUUAAACAAAAUAUUCAUUAAAUAUAUUUUUUCAAUCCUCAUUUAGAGACGGAAGUACUGCUUAUUUUGUCCUUACACUUUAUAGUCUGCAAAGACGCACAGUCAGAUAAAGUAAUCAACGAUUUCUUCAAAACAUGUGUGCCAAGAAAGCUGAUGUAGUCACUCAACACAACACAGUUGACCAAGCAAUUGUCAGUUGUCAGUCAUAAAUAUACUGGAUUAAAAAUGAACCAGAAUACGAAUAAAACACUUUUUAUCAAUUUAAUUUGUAAUGUCCCUUUGUUGUACGUGUUUUUAGGCAAAUUUAUUAAAUACUUCUUGAAAUAUUUACGAAAAUUAAAACAUAACAUUAAAAAUAUUAGUUUCAAAUACAAUAAUUUCACAUUUUAUUGAGCUAAGAGAAUAUAAAAAUAGGAAAAUGAAAUGAAGUAAAGCUGUAAGCAAGGGAUUGGUAUAUGACAAAAGUUUGACAUUCUUAAGGUUUUUAAAAUAAAACAGUUUUUCAAU